AUGGCCUUUCAGCCAAAGCCGUUCUCCGAGGUAACAAAGUCGGCCAUAGCCUCUUCGUUUGUGCCCGGUGUGACUUUACCCGCAAACCGGCACCAAGGAACGUUGCAAAAGGCGUCACUUGCGCAGCAGGUCGGGGACACGUUCGACGACAUCCUCGACAGCCUGUGCGAUCUUGAGGGUGAUGACGAAGUAGAGCUGAGAGUCGAGAUGGGGGAUAGCGGCAUGGAUAACGAGGUCGUGCUCGGUGGUAUGGACGACGAGUCUGACAGCGGGUACGAGAGCGACGACUCGCAAAGCCCCUACAUCAGCAGUGACUGCUCGCAUCGGGCGUGUUUCCAAGGAAGUAGUGUCUGCCGAGUGAAGGGCAAGGCGUCUCAACGAGAGGGCAGUCAUCUUCCCGCAGUGAAGGAUCUGGACAUGAUUGAUGCCGAAGCAAAGAGGGCUGUCACCCCAGACAAGCCCACUGACGUCCAAGUCGAUGACAUGGAGUGGGAAUCGACUUGA